UCCAGGCCGAACCGGCCUGAACGCGAGCCCGUGCAUCUCCGUCACCCCCGAGGGACAAACGGCAACCGCGGCCGCGCCGGGGCUUCCGCACUCCACUCCCCUUCCUCCUCCUCCCAUAUAACCCAGCCGCCCGGGAUAGGGCUACCCGUCUCGCCGCCGAUUCGCUGUAGCUUUCGCCUGUGCUGCCCGUGCGAUUUCUGCGCCGCGCCUUGUACUACCCCAAGUCAGUAGCCUCCUCCAGGCGGCGGCGUUUUCGUGCCGAGUUAGGGUUAGGGUUUCUGUGGUUGCGGAGAUGGAGGAGGUGACGGAGGGAGUGAACAAUCUGGCGAUUACGGAGCCGCACAAGAAGAACAGGAUCCAGGUCUCCAACACCAAGAAGCCGCUAUUCUUUUACGUCAACCUCGCCAAGAGGUACAUGCAGCAGCACGAGGAGGUGGAGCUCUCGGCCCUUGGCAUGGCCAUUGCCACUGUGGUUACUGUUGCUGAAAUUCUGAAAAAUAAUGGGCUCGCUGUUGAAAAGAAGAUCAUGACAUCCACAGUUGAUGUCAAGGAUGAUACAAGGGCCCGCCCUAUUCAGAAAGCCAAGAUCGAAAUAGUGCUGGGCAAGACGGAUAAAUUUGAUGAGCUGAUGGCGGCAGCUGAUGCGGAGAGGGAAGCUGCUGAGGCAGAGGAACAGAGCUAAACGUCUAUCUUAAAUUUUGAUGUUGUAUUAGUACAAUGCUGCUAGGUUGUGUGGUUUUAAUCUCUUGGCUAACAAGAGACUGGUACUUCUGUGUUAGUAAUCAAGAGCUGUGCUCAUUUUAUUUGUUUCCAUGAUAACUUUAUGUUUAUGAUAAGAUUCGUUUUCACACAUGUUUUGUUGAGUUUCC